AUCGGCAGCUACUGUAAACGACAGUACAGUGAAGCACAAGCGGGGGAGGGAACAGAGGGCAGAGAUGCGACUUCCCCUCUGUAAAAGCAAGCACAGGUGCCCAUUCUGAGCAACUCCAGGGCACUUACACCAGUCACGGGAGGAGGGAGAAAGAAAGGGUUAUUUCUGAGCCUGCUCAGACCUUUAAGGCCACUUAAUCAUUCGAAUUAAAACAUUUCCUCUGGGAAGACUAUACACACACGCAUGUACUGUUCCUUCACUUGGCACAUCUGCUUCCAGUCGAUGUGCGGAGGCUUCAGUAUGCUGGGGAGCAGGCUUUAGGGGUUUGGACUGAUGGGAAGCACGGAGGAGGAAGGGAUCGAAUGAUACGAGUUUGAAAGUUGGGAUAAGUCCGUCGUCGGAGUGUGUGUGAGAGAGGGGGAGUGAGUAACCAGCCACUCACGACACAGGCACAGGGCGGCCUGGCGGGGCGGCUGCGGGAGGAGUGUGAUGCAGAAGCGGCGAAGUGAGAGGGAGCAGAGAGAGAGCGAGCGGGAGAGGAGCGAGCUGAGACUUCCACAGAUGCAGCCGGGAGAAAUCACCAGCCAGGAUUCGCUCCUCUCUCUCUCCCUCUCUCUCUGAUUUCAAAUCAGCUCCUCCCCCGUGUGGUUGUGGCUUUGCCUUCCAUCACAAGCCUCAUCAGCAACACCAGUCUUGGGAAAAAAAAAAAAAAAAAGAAAAAAAAAGAAAAAAGGAAAGAAAGAAGAGAGAGGAAAAAGGGACAAAAGGAAAAAGUGCAAAAGAAGUAAAAGGAAACAAGAAGGGGAAAAAAUAGGUGGGAAGAAACCUCUACCCCUCGGCUGCAUCUAGCACAGAAGAGUCUGAAACUUUACGUGGAGUUCUCGCCGUGUUUACCCCGCGGCGGCUGAAUCGGCAGCGCCUAGCUCCCUCGCUCCUGCGCUCUCCUUCUUGCUCUUUCUCCCUCGCACUCAUCAGCAGUCGGCAGCGAUGGAAAAAGUUGCUGGCUGGUACCCAGCCUGGCACGUUGCUCUCCUGUACUGGACAUGGCUUUUCCUCUUCACUUAUGGCUUUACCGGUGCAGAAAUAACUUGCAGAUCCUGCCGUUCCCAGGUGCAGCCGCAGCAGCAGCCGCAGCAGGGAUUACUGAUGCACUUGAGGACCGACAGAGGAGAAAAGGAGCAAAGGAGAUUCCUCGGGGAGAAGGGAGGUGAGAGAGGGCAAGAGGCCGGCACGGAGGACGCCGGGCUGCCAGCGACCCUCGCCCCUGCUCCCGCGGGGACGACAUUCAGCGGCUGGGAGACACGGCGAGUGACGAGGGAGCCAGACAAAGUGGCCGGGGAGCGCCGUCCCCGAGCAGCAGCGGCGGCUCCGGCCGAGGACCGACCCCUCCAGGGCCCCCCCAGGGCGGGCGGGCGGCCGGGCUCGGUGCGGCGGCGCCGGGGCCGCAGCCCGCGGGGCUCCGCGGGGCCGGGGCCGGGCGGCGCCGCGGGGCGGGAGCCGGGGGACGGCGGCGCCGCCCGCUUCGGGCUGGAGGAGCUGCGGCUGGCCAGCACCACCUUCGCCCUGGCCGGAGACUCGGCGCACAACCAGGCCAUGGUGCACUGGUCCGGCCACAACAGCAGCGUGAUUCUAAUUCUGACAAAGCUGUAUGACUACAACCUGGGAAGCAUCACAGAGAGCUCUCUUUGGAGGUCAACAGAUUAUGGGACAACAUAUGAGAAACUGAAUGAUAAAGUUGGUCUGAAGACUAUUUUGAGCUACUUGUAUGUUUGCCCAACAAACAAACGUAAGAUUAUGCUGCUGACUGAUCCAGAAGUUGAGAGCAGCUUAUUAAUCAGUUCUGAUGAAGGAGCCACCUAUCAAAAAUACCGUCUGAACUUCUACAUCCACAGUCUGCUCUUCCACCCCAAACAGGAAGAUUGGAUCUUAGCCUACAGCCAAGAUCAAAAGUUAUUCAGUUCUGUGGAGUUUGGCAGAAGAUGGCUGCUUCUUCAUGAGGGCGUUACACCCAACAGGUUCUACUGGUCUAUGAUGGGGAAUGGAAGAGAGCCUGACCUCGUGCACCUGGAGGCAAGGACAGUGGAUGGUUAUGCCCAAUACAUCACCUGCAAGAUGCAGAACUGCAGUGAAGCCACUCGCAGCAAACCUUUUCCAGGCUACAUUGAUCAUAACUCCCUGAUCGUCCAGGGUGAUUAUGUCUUUGUUCAGCUGACAUCAGGAGGAAGACCACAUUAUUACGUUUCUUAUAGGAGGAGUCCAUUUGCACAGAUGAAGCUGCCAAAGUACUCCUUGCCCAAGGACAUGCAUGUGAUCAGCACAGAUGAGAAUCAGGUGUUUGCAGCUGUUCAAGAGUGGAACCAGAACGACACAUACAAUCUGUACAUCUCCGACACCCGAGGGGUCUACUUCACCCUGGCCUUGGAAAAUGUCAAGAGUAGUCAAGGGCUGGAGGGGAAUGUGAUGAUUGACCUCUAUGAGGUAGCAGGGAUAAAGGGAAUGUUCUUGGCUAACAAGAAGAUUGACAACCAAGUGAAAACUUUCAUCACCUACAAUAAAGGGAGAGACUGGAGUUUGUUGCAGGCUCCGCACACGGAUCUGAGGGGAAAUCCCAUUCACUGUCUCCUGCCCUAUUGCUCCCUUCAUCUUCACUUGAAGGUCUCAGACAACCCCUACACCUCAGGAAACAUUGCCAGCCGAGACACUGCCCCCAGUAUUAUUGUAGCUUCAGGUAAUAUAGGCACUGAGCUGUCAGACAAUGACAUCAGCAUGUUUGUUACUUCUGAUGCUGGGAACACUUGGAGGCAGAUCUUUGAGGAAGAGCACAGUGUUCUGUACCUGGAUCAAGGUGGAGUACUCGUUGCCAUGAAACACACAUCUCUGCCUAUCAGACACCUCUGGUUAAGUUUUGAUGAAGGGAGAUCUUGGAGCAAGUACAGUUUCACAUCCCUCCCACUGUUUGUAGAUGGAGUUUUAGGGGAGCCUGGAGAGGAAACCCUCAUCAUGACUGUGUUUGGACAUUUCAGCCACCGCUCAGAGUGGCAGCUGGUGAAAGUAGACUACAAGUCCAUCUUUGAUCGGAGAUGUGAGGAAGAGGACUACAGGCCUUGGCAGCUCCAUAGCCAGGGAGAAGCCUGCAUCAUGGGAGCAAAAAGGAUCUACAGGAAGCGCAAGUCAGAGAAGAAAUGCAUGCAAGGGAAAUAUGCUGGGGCUAUGACCUCGGAGCCCUGCGUGUGCACAGAGGCAGACUUUGACUGUGAUUAUGGAUAUGAACGCCACAGCAAUGGCCAGUGUUUGCCAGCAUUUUGGUAUAACCCAUCCUCCUUGUCAAAGGACUGCAGCCUUGGACAGAGUUACCUCAACAGCACUGGGUACCGGAAGGUUGUUUCCAACAACUGCACGGACGGGGUGCGGGAGCGCUACACGGCCAAGCCCCAGCAGUGCCCGGGCAAACCUCCCCAGGGCCUCCGCAUCGUCACGGCCGACGGCCGGCUCACGGCCCAGCAGGGCCACAACGUCACCUUCCUGGUGCAGCUGGAGGAGGGAGACCUCCAGAGAUCCCUCAUCCAGGUGGAUUUUGGAGAUGGCAUUGCUGUGUCAUACGCCAACCUCAGCUCAACAGAAGAUGGGAUCAAGCACAUCUACCAGAGCGUGGGCAUAUUCCGAGUGACCGUGCUGGUGGAAAACAGCCUGGGCUCUGACAGCGCUGUUCUCUACCUGCAUGUAACGUGCCCCUUGGAACACGUUCACUUAUCUCUGCCCUUUGUCACCACGAAGAACAAGGAGAUCAACGCCACAGCAGUGCUGUGGCCAAGCCAAGUGGGAACACUUACUUAUGUCUGGUGGUUUGGGAACAACACAGAGCCACUGAUUACAUUGGAAGGGAGCAUCACAUUCACAUUUUCUGUGGAAGGUAUGAACACCAUCACUGUUCAGGUCUCGGCAGGAAACACCAUUCUUCAGGACACAAAGACUAUUGCAGUCUAUGAGAAAUUUCAGUCCCUGAGGUUAUCAUUCUCUCCAAACCUUGAUGACUACAACCCAGAUAUCCCAGAGUGGAGAAGGGACAUCAGCAGAGUAGUCAAGAGAGCUCUGGUGGAGACUACAGGAAUUUCCAGCAAACACGUUCUGGUCGCAGUGCUCCCUGGCCUGCCCACGUCUGCUGAACUCUUCAUUUUACCAUAUCAAGAUGCCACAGGAGAGAAAAAAAGAGCAGCAGCCAACCUAGAGCAGAUUUCAGAAACACUGAUCCAGAAACUGAACCAAAACCUGGUACAUUUUGAGUUGAAGCCAGGAGUUCGAAUCCUUGUCCAUGCUGCCCAUUUAACAGCAGCUCCCCUGGUGGACCUCACUCCCAGUCACAGUGGUUCAGCCAUGCUGAUGCUCCUCUCUGUUGUUUUUGUGGGACUAGCUGUGUUUGUCAUCUACAAGUUCAAAAGGAAGAUUCCUGGCCUUAAUAUAUAUGCACAGAUGCAGAAUGAAAAAGAUCAAGAGAUGGUCAGUCCAGUCAGUCAGAGGGACAGCAUACCUAAUGUCCCUCAAAGUGAGCUGAUGAGCCCUGAGCAACUAGUAGAUGAGAAGUUGGAAGUCCACCCCAUAGAGCAACCUCAGGCCACAGUCCAGAGCCCAAGGAAAGGAAAUGCAACCAAGGUAGUCUGGACAGAGGACUUCCAAAAAGCUUGUGGAUCACCAAGAGAUUUCAAGCCAAGACCCAGAGCGGAAGUAUUUCCACAGCUGCUGAGCCCCAGAGCACAAAAGAAAUCCCUACCUAUGUAAAUGGUUGAAUUGAGGACACCAACAUCUGUAUCUAAAAAAAGGAGUAAAGCUCACUGCAUUUGGACUUUUUAAUUCUUCAGAUGACAAAGGGUUUUUAGCUUUAAGCCUGUGCAUGUGGACAUUAUACUGAGACCAUAGUGGAACUGCAUUGUACAGGUGUUCAAUUUUAGUGGGGGGUGGGGGGAGAGGAAUUGGUACCACUAUUCACCCCUGCGGCCCUUCCCCUCACCCUUUCACUCUCUUUUUUCUGAUCUGUCUCUAAUUUGUAGAAAAUUCAUAAUGAUAUAGGCCAAGAAUAUGCAUGGGGAGUCUCUUCUUUAGGGAGAGGGGUGGGCUGGGAUGUGGGGGAAGGGCUGGGGCAGUGGGAGGUGGGAGGGAGUGUUUAGGGUUCUUGGCUUUAGGUUUAACUGCUCUUUUAGCACUUUGGGCUGCGGGAGGGGUAACCGCUCCAGCAGACUUCUGUAGGACACACACACAAAGAAAUCACACUGGAGUUUUAAGGCACUGAAAAUAUUCUUGGUCAGUCUGGUUUAUCUCUCUGUUUGGACUCUGCCCUUCGUUCCUCUAGCUGCAGCUGCUGUCCGUGCCCCACACUGCGAGGAGGCUGAGAAUGAGUGUGGGUGAUGCCAACUGCGAGGCCAGGCUCCUUCUUAAAGAGCUUUCUUAGCCUGCUCACACCAAGGCAGUACCAUGGGAGGAUAAUGUUGCCUCCCCACCCUGAACAGAACAGAAUAAGCAUGCAUUAGAGGCAGGAGGUUAUUGCCAGCAACAACUCACUGUACUUUGUGCCGGCCUUACACCUUCAGUUUUGGCUGAGAGAAAGCAACACCCUCAGCUCCAUGUAGUGCUGAUGGCUGAAUUUGUCUGGGGAAACCCCAGGAGAUCUCUGCCUUUUUAGAGUCACCCAAAGGCCUGUCAGUUUUUUGUAAUUUACCUUGUCCCUAGAACAGGGGGCAGGGAAAGGUCUGUGCACAGUUUUCCAAUGGCUUUCUUUGGCACCCCCACCGGUUGCAGAUCUGCAGGCUCCUGCCACUGUGGGCACAGGAGGGAGAAUUUGGCUUGGGACUGUUGCCAUGCAUUUUGAGCCUCAGUACCACAGGACCACUCUUACACAAGAUUUGAAUUCUUAUCAAUAACUUAAGCUUGUAUCUUGCCCUGCAAGUGGAAAUGAGGCUGUAGGACAUGUUCACACGGACUGUGCAAGGGAACAGCAGGAAAGUAGGAUUAGGAUCUCAAACAAGUCCUCCAAAGACACUGGACAGCUGUGUGAAGCCUAGCCCCUGGUCAUUAUAACUGUUGAUUUCCAACCCAACUCAGGUAAUUAAACCUAGCACCAGGACUUUGAUUUGGAGUGUAAAGACAGAAAUACUGUAACCAGUGUACACUUGCCGAACUAUGUUAGGUGGAGAAAAGUAGAGGUUCAUAAUCAGUGAGGCACUUGUAGGAGGCAUCCUGAUUGCUGACAUAGGUAGGUUUUUAUUCAGUAGACUUUGUCCAUGGCAACCUGAGUCAAGACCAGGAGAAAUCAGCAUGGUAAGUGUGGCCCAGAGUCCCAGGGCAGGGAUUUGGUGGUGGUGGGUUUGAAUUUCUCUGUCACAAACUGGGCACAGACCUAAAUCAACCCACUUGCUGGCAAAACAAAAAUUAUAUGAAGGACAUUAGUCCCUUAGUAGUUAAAGGAUAAUCACAGUACAGAGUCCUCUGCCUCCUUCUGCAGUUUCUCUGAGGACUGGUAGAAACACAGCAGUUUGUAUGGCUUUGCUCUUAUGUUUGCAACUACAGCUUUAAGAAAGAUGGGAAAGUUUUGGCUGCAACUGUAUAAUAGUCCCCACUGAAGUCCAACAUUAGCCAACUUAUUUUUAUAGUAAGCCAAUCAAAAAGUUUUCUUAUAGUGUUGGAACUAUUUCUAAUUUUAAAAUUACUUUUUUUGAUGUACUUUUUCAUCUUCUUUUUCCCUUUCGUUAAAUACAAUGUAGCGUAAUGUAUAAUUGCUAUUGUUUAUUGCUUUUACAGUCAUAUUUAUUAAACAGAUUAUGUCUCUAAAUGAAGGCCCAUGGUUUUAUUGCUCAUUUUAGCCUCUUUCCCUGAUGGGUAUCAAUAACAAUAUUAAAACAGGAGGUAGUUGAUAACUUAAAGAAGAUAUAGAUAUUCAUAAAUGGGGGAAAGUACAGUUCCUAGAAGCAAGAUGCCAAUAUAAAGGUAACUUUCUCAGUCCCCAAUUUUUCUGCUGUCAAAACAAGCAAUGAUAGAGCUCUGAGCAGUUCCCUGGAACUCCAGCUCCGUUCCCUGUCCAUGCUUAUCCUUCCCCAUACAAUCUCUGUUAAAUAUUCCUUUAAAAUAUUUUUUGGCUCUGCUUCUGCCAGCACUGAUGAAGGAAAGUCUGAAUUAUUAGCAUUACUGAUUAAUUUACAUGUGAAUAAAAUGAAGCCUAGGAAGUUUCUGUCAGCUUGCCAUAUGGCACUGGAUGCAUGUUGCUGAGAAAAAAAAAAAAAGGAAGAAAACAGAACUUCUCUGCUUUUCAAGUCAGGAUGCAGGCACCUCUUAUAACAGGUUCAGUGCUCUUUUUUGUACCUCGGGAUCUGAAUUUACAUGUGCACAUAAGGAGUCAAAGCUGUGGGGUUUGGAUAUCCUCAACAACCAAGGCUGUAGUAUGACCGAUUUAGUCCUGGAGUCCUGGGUGUUCUCAUUGGAGGAGGGAGUAGUUCUCAGUCCUGGGCAGACCCCAGUGUAAUUAACAAUUAUUAGCCUAGAAUGUUCAAGUGGACACUGCAGCCUUCUCCAUUCAGCCUGGAAUGGCCACAGUGCAGGUGACUCACUGAGGUGUGUGAAGCUAUAAUCUGCUUUAAUAGUUUAAGUACACACCUGAAUUAGCAGGCAUCUGUUCCGGCCAUAAACAGUAAGUCUGCUUUGGCAAGCAUCUCUCUACAACAUUUUCAAAUCAUUCUCUUCAGCUUGUUGUGUGUCCUGAGGCAGAGACUGAUUGUUAUUUGUAGCUGUUUUCUGGUUUGUAUAACAACACGGUAAUUCACUGGUAAUGGAUGAACACUGUGAGAGUAAACAAAGAAUACAAAAUACUUAUAAAAUCCAAUAUGAAUUUUCUCUGAGGAUGUUUUCCCUUGAGGGAACAAAAAAAGUUCAUCAUCCUCUGUCAGAAGGAGUAGAGAGUUAAAAUAUGGUAAAAAGUCAAAUAAAGUAUUUUCCUAAUUUGAUGUUGAUUCUCUACCGUCACCUUAACAUACAGAUGAGACAAACAUUGUGGCUUCAGAGAAAUUGAUACUUCUCCACCUAGAAGGACACUUGAGCUAAGAUGCUGGAUUGCUUUUCCUGAAAAUCAGUAGUUAUUGGUGUUCAAAUACUUUUGGGGAUUUGGGCCUCAAACAAUUGCUUGCUCUUAGUUAAUAUGUAACUUGAUUGCUUAAACUCUUUCUGAAAAGCAGGACUCUUGAAGUACUUGCUAAAGUGCUUAUGCAAAUGAAGCAGGCAUUUCCAGUGACCCUGAAUGAACUCUGCCUUGGUCCUGUCAACUUCUGCUAAGAAUUUCUGACAAUUGCAUUUAGUGUGGUACCCAGAGCUGAUAACAAGGGAUUAGUAUUUUAUCUGUGUGCUGUCACCUCUCAUUGAAUGCAUGACAAGUUUCCUUGUCACAUUAUAUCUCUAGGUGCAUUCAGUGUUUUAAACAUUACCCCUGAUUGCAGAGCUUCCAUGUUCAUGGUGUUGAAAAAGAAAACUUUAUAUUCCCUCAGUUAAUGAGAUGCUGUCCCUGCAUUUCUCCAUGAAACAGAAUCAUAAAGCAUGUGAAUAAAUAAUACUCAAGCUAAAACAGAU